AUGCGUCUUGUGGUGUGGUUUUAUCUUGUGACGUUAGUUUCACUGCAAGGUAAUGGGUUAUCGGUGGGAGACCCCAUAGCGACCACAACUACUGAGUCCGUAUCUGAGUCACCAUCUCGCUCGCUGCGUCAAUCUGACGGCCCUUACAUUAAGAACUCGGCGACGGAAGAAGAGCGAUUUUUUUCACCGUCCCAACUAGAGAGUGUGGCUAAGGGUCUGAGUAAGGAGGGAGGUUUUAUUCCAAAACGUGUUCGUGAAGCAUAUGUUAAGUUUGUUGCUUGGGCAUACAAAGUUCUCGGCAAGGAAUCGACUCUAUUUAAGAAAGCUCCUACUGUAGAAGAAUUGGUGAAGAGCUCGAAAAAUGGAAAAGUUUCUGCCAAAAGCACCUCUUCGGUUCCGAAAGAUCAGUCUUCCGACACUAAUACCGGCACAAUUCCUACAUCUCCUAAGAAAGAACUCACAAAGAGUCAACAUCACGAAACUUCUGGUGAGAAUAAGGACCCGAACUCUAGUCCAGCUGCCAAUGUUCACGACCCGUCAACUCCUGCGAAUAGUAACGUUGAGGCUCAUGCGCCAGGACCAGCUACAUCGCUAAACACCGUUCCAACCUCUGUGGAUGCAAACGUCAAAGCUCAUACCUCUGAAGGAGACGCAUUGCCUAAGACUGCAAUCACUAAUGGUGUUGAAAAUCAUGCGCCAGGACCAGUUGCAUCGGAGAAAACCGUCCUAACUUCUGCGGAUGCAAGCGUCAACGAUCGUGUCCGUAGUUCUAUCGCAGCAUUUAAAGCUUAUCUAGCGGCAGCGCCUUUUAAAGGCGCUGCAGCGCCUAAGCCUCAACUAGAGGCAUUGACUGAAGGUGGUAAUGCUCAUGCGGCAGGACCAGUUGCAUCGUUGAACACCGUUCCAUCUUAUGUCAAAGAUCGGGCCUAUGAUUUUUACGCAGCCCUUAAGUCUACUAUGAAUUCUUUUCGUAAAGCUCCUGCCUCUGGAGAAGUUGCAGCGCCUAAGCCUCAACUAGAGGCAUUGACUAAAGUUGGUGAACCUGCAGCGCCUAAGCCUCAACUAGAGGCAUUGCCUAAAGUUGGUGAAGCUGCAGCGCCUAAGCCUCAACUAGAGGCAUUGCCUAAAGUUGGUGAAGCUGCAGCGCCUAAGCCUCAACUAGAGGCAUUGACUGAAGGUGGUAAUGCUCAUGCGGCAGGACCAGUUGCAUCGUUGAACACCGUUCCAUCUUAUGUCAAAGAUCGGGCCUAUGAUUUUUACGCAGCCCUUAAGUCUACUAUGAAUUCUUUUCGUAAAGCUCCUGCCUCUGGAGAAGCUGCAGCGCCUAAGCCUCAACUAGAGGCAUUGACUAAAGUUGGUGAACCUGCAGCGCCUAAGCCUCAACUAGAGGCAUUGCCUAAAGUUGGUGAAGCUGCAGCGCCUAAGCCUCAACUAGAGGCAUUGCCUAAAGUUGGUGAAGCUGCAGCGCCUAAGCCUCAACUAGAGGCAUUGACUGAAGGUGGUAAUGCUCAUGCGGCAGGACCAGUUGCAUCGUUGAACACCGUUCCAUCUUAUGUCAAAGAUCGGGCCUAUGAUUUUUACGCAGCCCUUAAGUCUACUAUGAAUUCUUUUCCGCCUAAGCCUCAACUAGAGGCAUUGCCUAAAGUUGGUGAAGCUGCAGCGCCUAAGCCUCAACUAGAGGCAUUGCCUAAAGUUGGUGAAGCUGCAGCGCCUAAGCCUCAAAUAGAGGCAUUGACUAAGGUUGGUGAAGCUGCAGCGCCUAAGCCUCAACUAGAGGCAUUGGCUAAGGUUGGUGAAGCUGCAGCGCCUAAGCCUCAACUAGAGGCAUUGACUGAAGGUGGUGAAAAUAAUGCGCCAGGACUAGCUGCAUUGGAGAACGCCGUCCCAACUUCUGCGGUCGCAAGCGUCAAAGCUCAUGCCUCUGAAGGAGACGCAUUGCCUAAGACUGCAAUCACUAAUGGUGUUGAAAAUCAUGCGCCAGGACCAGUUGCACCGCCGAACACCGUCCUAACUUCUGCGGAUGCAAGCGUCAAAGUUCAUGCCUCUGGCGCCUAA